GUUCAAACUUGAGUGCAGAGCGGUGGAGUGUGUGAGAGGCUGUCCAUACACACACACACACACACACACACACACAGAGGGAGAGAGAGAGAGGGAUAUGCGUUAUGUUAGGAGUUAUGUGGAGGAGCGGGAUGACUGUGUGUGCGGUUGUGGUGUGUGUGUGCUGGUGGAUGUGUGUGCAGGUGUGUGAGGGUGGAGGCUUGGUGGAUGCGGUGAGCGAGCGGCGCGCGGAGGUCAGUCACCGGAGAGACAGCGCCAACCUGCUGACCGCCGCCGUGCUGCUGAGUCUCACCAUCCUCACCGUGUGGAGCUUCAAACACAGGAGACUCAUCUUCCUGCACGAGACCGGACUCGCCAUGAUCUACGGUUUGUUAGUGGGCGUGGUCCUGCGCUAUGGUGUACACACUGAGCAGGACGUCAGUAACGUUACAGGUGUGUGUGUGUUGGAGUCGAGCCCCGCCUCUCUCGUGGUGAAUGUGAGCGGACGCUUUUAUGAGUACACACUGAGGGGAGAAGUUAAUGAGGGAGACCCCGCCCCCAACACUGAGAUACUCCGCAAGGCCACUUUUGAUCCAGAGGUGUUUUUUAACAUCUUACUGCCGCCCAUUAUUUUUCACGCUGGUUACAGCCUCAAACGGAAACACUUCUUCAGAAAUCUGGGCUCCAUCUUGUCCUACGCUUUUGUCGGGACUCUGAUUUCUUCAUUUGUCACUGGGUUGGUGAUGUUUGGCUGUGUGGUGUUGAUGAGUACACUCGGUCAGCUCGCUGGUGAUUUCCUCUUCACUGACUGUCUGUUCUUCGGAGCGAUCGUCUCAGCCACUGACCCCGUGACAGUUCUGGCCAUCUUUAACGAGCUGAAGGUGGAUGUGGAUCUGUACGCACUGCUGUUUGGAGAGAGUGUGCUGAACGACGCUGUGGCCAUCAUUCUCUCAUCCUCCAUCAUAGCGUAUCAGCCGUCUGGAGAGAACAGUCACUCGUUUGACAGCGGGGCCAUGUUGACGUCUCUCGGUGUGUUUCUCGGGGUGUUUAGUGGCUCCUUCAUGCUCGGCUCUGCUACAGGAGUCCUGACCGCUCUGCUGACAAAGUUCACUCGGCUGAGAGAUUUCCCCCUGUUAGAGACGGCUCUGUUCUUCCUCAUGUCCUGGAGCACCUUCCUAUUGGCCGAGGCCUGCAGCAUCACCGGUGUGGUUGCUGUGCUGUUCUGUGGUAUCACUCAAGCUCACUACACCUACAACAACCUGUCACCAGAGUCCAAAAACCGCACAAAGGAGUUGUUCGAGUUGUUGAACUUCCUGGCUGAGAAUUUUAUUUUCUCCUACAUGGGUGUGACUUUGUUCUCCUUCCAGCAUCAUGUCUUUAACAUUGUCUUCAUCACCGGUGCCUUUUUGGCGAUAUUUCUGGGAAGAGUUGCGAAUAUUUAUCCUCUUUCCUUCCUGCUCAAUCUCGGCCGAAAGAAGCCCAUCAGCUGCCGCUUCCAGCACGUCAUGAUGUUCGCAGGGCUGCGAGGAGCGAUGACCUUUGCCCUUUCGAUUCGGGACACAAGCACUUAUGCGAGGAAGAUGAUGUUCUCCACCACACUCAUCAUCGUCUUCCUCACGGUGUGGGUGUGUGGGGGCGGGACCACGCCCAUGCUCACCUUAAUGAACAUCAGGGUUGGUGUUGAGGAAGAUCAGGAGAACUUGGUGGAGGAGUGUGUGAGUGCCCGUGACUCUGCGUGGCCUUUCAGACUGUGGCACAAAUUCGACCACAACUAUCUGAAGCCUUUUCUCACACACACUGAUCACCCGCUCACACACUCCUGCUGCACUCCACUGACACACUGCUGCACCACUCAGCACUGUCAGCAGGAUGAUGAUGAUGAUUCAGAGCUGAUCCUGAAUAACAGAUCCAGCUUCCUGUACAGUGAACUCUGUGACCUCAGUGACCUCAGCGACCUCAGCGACCUCACUGACCCCUCCAUCUCAUCCAAUCAGGACACGGCUCAGUUACAUUUACACACCGAUGAUCCUGAUGGGCCUUUGACCCCUUCGCUCUCUCCUCUUCCUCCUCCUCCUCUUUCUCCUCCUUCCUUCCGCAGUCAGAGCCGCUCCGAUACAGACUGUAGCACCGAUCAGAGUGCGUCAGAUAUCACAGUGCACUCGUACACUAGCCCUAAGUAGUGCACAUACACACGGAACAGCAAGCUGAAUCACAAAUCAGUCCCUAGUGCACGUAUAGGGCACUAGACAACGUGUGUCCUGUGUAGUGCACUAAAUAUAUCUGAUAAGUGGGCUUUUGGGAUUCAGCUCACUAUUCCCUAGGAUAUAAAAGCUCCUGCUCCCUAGGUAGUGCACACUAUGUUUAGUAGAGAGGCAUCCAAAUGGGACACAGCUCCUUAUUGUUUAUAUAAGUGGUAAGUGCUGCCAUUUUAAAUUGAGCUCCUGUAAAAGUAAAAGCACACUAACUAGGGUGUGAAAAUAGGUGGUUUCCUGGAGUGUGUGUGUGUGUGUGUGUGUGUGUGUGUGUGUGUGAAUUAAGAUGAUUUGUUUCACUACAGUUUUAAAUAAAAUGCCCAACAGAAAUAUUAAGUAUGCAUAAAUAUACAGAAAUGUGUUCUCAUUAUUAUUAUUCACCGUGAUGUCACUUCCUGUAUUCAUAUAACUCACACUCAGAAGUUUCCUUAAUUUAUUUGAAUCUGUUCCAGUUUUAUGUGAAAAUGUGUUUGGAUUAAACACUAUUUUAUGUGCA